GAGUAUUAGCAUCUAUUGUUGGUUCUGCAUCAUCGUGUACAGACAUUAAUUUACAUUGUUUAACACAUACACGCACACAUACACAUUGAUAUCGUUUUACAAUGCUGAGUACCUUUUUAUCUGCGGUUGGCAUUGCCACGCUGGGCGUUUUCUGCGUCAAGGUGAUUUUGUUUGUCAAGGUAAACUUCAUGACCACAAACGACAUGAAGCGGAAAUAUGGUAAGGCAGGUGGCUGGGCACUUGUGACGGGGGCGAGUGAGGGCAUCGGGCAUGCGAUGGCGUUGGACCUUGGCCGGCGAGGCUUCAAUGUGUGUGUGAUUGCGCGCACAAAGUCCAAGUUGGACGUUGUAGUGGAUGAGCUGCGCGGCGUGGGUGUCGAGGGACGCGCGAUAUCGUUUGACUUUGCCGAAGCAACGCCGGCGGACUGGACGAAUCUGUGUGCGCAGCUGGACACACUGGAGAUCGCAGUACUGGUGAACAAUGUUGGUGUGAACUACGACUACACGAACUAUUUUGAUGAGGUACCACUCCAGACAGAUCUUCGGCUGCUGAAGGUGAAUUGUGAAUCGACGCUGCGUAUGAGCAAGUAUGUGGUACCGAAUAUGAGGGCGAAGGGCGCCGGAGCCAUUGUGUGUCUGAGUUCUUUUUCUGGGAUAACGCCCACGCCGCUUCUGGCGACAUAUGCUGGCACGAAGGCCUUUAAUGGAUAUUUCGGUAACGCGUUGUCGUACGAACUCAAGCACUUCGGCAUUGACGUCCUCACCGUGACGCCAAACCUAGUGGUGAGUCGCAUGACGCAGGGCGUGAGCACGCGCAAGCCGCGCGAGACGUUCUUAACCGUGAAUGCCGACCAGAUGGCACACCAGACGCUGGACAGGUUGGGCAGCGUGUACCAGACAGCCGGGCACCGCAACCAUGUUAUUAUAGAGGCUAUAAUAAAACUGAUGCCGGUUGACUUUAUCAGCAAUCAGAUUCUGAAACUCCAUAUCAGCACGAAAAAGCGUGCCGAGAAACGUCUUAAAACAAAGUAAAACCUUUGUUUUUUAUAUCAAUUGUUAUCUAUCUAUCUAUAUAUAUAAUCUUAUAGAUAAUAUUAAUUAUGAGGGGUACGUAUUCAUAGAGCAGAAGCUUUGGUACAUUCAAAGACUUGAAUCAAUAAUAAUGCGACUCAUUUUAGUGGACUUUACUUUUGUUUCUAAUAGAUCCAUAAGACUAUGAGAUAAUCUGUAUAAAUGUUCUGUGUGCAAA